UCCGUGAUUGUUCUACAUGGCGCGCAAAUUACAGCGUAGCGGUAGUAGUGGCUGUUAAAAUUCGUUGCGUGUUAUAAUUGUGGGUAACUCAGUUAUUUAACCGUCUUCACACUGAUUUUAUAUACAUUUGGUAUAAUGGAACAGGCAGAUAUUUCUAGUCUAAUUCAGUGUAAUCUUCAGCAACUGCAUUUAUUACAUCCAGUACCACAUUCAUUUAAGGAGGGUAUGUUUAAACUUCCUAAUAUAAAAGGAUUUCAGGAAACCAUGCACUUUCUGCUAAAUAUUAUUGAACCUGUGAAAUGUGCAAAAAUGGUUCCAUGGCCACUGCUUGAUAAGAAAGCAGAAUCACAAUUUCGGAUUUCAGUGAAAGUGCUUCUGAUGGAAAUAAAUGGUGACUAUCCACAAGCUAAUUUGCCCAAAAUAAGUCCAUCAUUUUUAAUGAAUCCUGGUGGUGAGAAAUUUGAAUACGUUAUGUGGAAGUUGACAAAGUUUGCACUUUUUAGGUGUCUUUGUCAGACAUAUG